GUACGUCGUUAAUUUACAUUUUUACGAACAUUUCACAGGUCGUACUCACCAUGCCGAUUCCUACAUCAUACAUGUCAUGUGUUUGUUUAUUCCUCCAUGGUUGAAGUACACUAUCUGCCAAACAGUAAAACAAAGUUUCUGAUGCUGAGGACAGAGGCAUCCCCUUGCCCCGUUCGAUGUUCCUUCCUCCAUGGAUGGACAAAGCAUUUCAAGAGGACCUACGUUGGGGAAUAAAUGGCAACCCUGCGUUUCAUCUCAGGAAUCCAUCUUAGAAGGACAGCACUGAACGAUUUGUUCUCGUACCGAAACAUGACUUCCAUGUCACGGAAUCUCAGCACAAGCAACAAACUAAACAUGGAUACCAGUAGGCCUACAGACAAACUGAAGCAAGAUGCAAAAAGCAUCUUUGCUGCCGGUGUGGAUGCUGUGUUGCCUCAUCGCAUGGUUGCCAAGGCCCUCUGUUACCAUGGCAACUGCCUGACCGUCAGCGGGAAACAGUAUAAGGUUGACCACAAUGUCUCAGUGGUAGGCUUUGGCAAAGCAGUCAUUGGCAUGGUGGGAGCUGUGGAUGAUAUCCUUGGGGAACAUGUCCAACGCGGCAUUGCCAGUGUUCCCUUCGGUAUACAAGAUGCCCUCAGGAAGGCUGGCAGAAGUUAUCUACUACCCUCCGAUGCUUCCAAAGUUUCCAUCCUGGAGGGAGCCAAGAACAACCUUCCAGAUGAAGACUCCCAGAGAGCAGCCGAGAGGAUCACAGAGCUGACCCAGGGGCUAGGGGAGGGGGACGUACUGAUUGUCCUGGUCUCAGGUGGAGGUUCGGCCCUUCUCCCUGCACCCACUCCGCCAAUCGCCCUACAGGACAUAUACGAGGUGUCAAGGACUCUGGCCAGACAUGGGUCCACUAUCGCCGAGCUGAACACCGUUAGGAAACACCUGUCGCUGCUGAAAGGCGGCGGGCUGGCUAAGCUUGCCUAUCCUGCACAGGUGAUCAGUCUUAUCUUGUCUGACAUCAUCGGUAACCAGCUAGACAUGAUUGCCAGCGGGCCCACCAUACGAGACGACACCACGCCGCAAGAUUGCCUGGAUAUCAUUUCACAUCUCGGAGCAACGGACUCCGUCCCCACAUCAGCCCUCAACUUCUUCCAAGAGAAGGUUGACACGGAGACAGCCAAUGAGACUACAGAACCCACGGCAUGUGACCAUGUGCUGAAUGUUUGCAUCGGACACAACCAAAUGGCCGCGGAGCAGGCCAAAAAGCAUGCAGAGGACUUGGGCUAUGCGGCCGUGUUGCUCUCGACUGAGCUGUCUGGCGAAGCUCGAAAAGUAGGGGAGUUGUUUGUUGUCAUCGCAGCUUAUGCCUGUGAAUUGUACAAUGCCAGGCAAAGUACUUGCGAAGACCAUAAUGCAUCAAAGCUUGGGCAAGAUUUAGUCACGCUGCAUGGGCUUAAAGUACAAACUCUUGAAGAAAUUAGAACGGUUGUAGGCACCGCAUACGAGAACAAAGCCCCAAUUUGUUUGAUUGGUGCCGGUGAAACCACGGUGACUGUGACAGGCAAAGGCAAGGGCGGAAGGAAUCAAGAGAUGUCAUUGGCUGCCGCCAUGGCAAUGAAAACUCAAUCAGAUCUCAACAGAUUCCUUCACGGUGGCUAUCAUGUUGUGUUCCUGAGUGCAGGAACCGAUGGGCAAGAUGGGCCGACCGAUGCCGCCGGCGCAUUGGCCCACCCAAGUCAGGUGACUCUGGCCAGCCAAUCAGGAAUCGAUGCCGAGUCUUUCCUUCGGAAUAACAACUCCUAUUCUUUCUACAGUCGACUGAAUGAUGGGACGGAUUUGCUAAAAACUGGUCUGACGGGAACAAAUGUGAUGGAUAUCCAAGUGCUGCUCGUGCUCCCUCCUGACCAAAUUAAAAAAUAGGUAACAUAUUUUUCACGUACAUCAUGAAGUAACAGAUAUGAUUGUUUGACACACCAAAAAGUGAGAGAUUGUCUACGGACUUGGUGCAUAGGAGAAGUUACUUCAUGUUGCAGCAACUAUCCAUGAUAAGUCUCGCUGUGGUGCAACAAUAAAUUUGGAAAUUGCUUCUUUGUAAAUCCUCAUUACACUCUUCAGUCAAUGGUUAAUUCAGUGAGGCACACGGAUGUUCAGAAGGUGGCAGCUGUGUGCACAGAUGCGUCACUUUGUCAAACAAUGACGAUAUAUUGAGGCAAAUUUUUUUUGAAUCUCUCGUCAAAAGAAAUGCAAAUGAAAAGGACUGUUCAUCUUACCACAACACUGUGACAGAAUGGUAAGUGAAACAUUGAAUGGAAAGUUUGCGGUAACGCGAUGUGAAUGAUAUCUCUUUUGAGUUGUGUGGUUCUGAGAAGAACCA